CCUCGUUUGCUGGUUGGCUGAGAACCUACAGCCUGACACAGGAGAUGAAGGUUGACGUUCUUUCAAAACCUGUCAAGAGCAGCAAGAGUUCAGUUUCACACACAAAUGCCUUCGUUUGGACAACGUUGUAGUAAGCCCAUACAAUACAGUUAUGAGUGGUACAGUCCGACAGAUCACUGUAGCUACUGACCCAAGCACCCCCUACAUCCUGCGAGUUGAUUGGGCUGUAGACCUGGGUGCUGGGUUUACAUUAGCACUCACUGAUGGCAACUCGGCAUGGAUCGGAGAAGUUUCAGAGGAUGAGGUGACAAGGGAAGUCAACGAUAUGGGAGCGACAAGGGAAAGAUAUGUUAAGGAUCUUUUUCAAGCGUUAAUAGGAGGCGAAGGAGGAAGGAGAGGAGGUGACAAGGAGACGUAUUCUUUUCACAUCACUCCAGAUCACUGUCAUCUCUCGUAUAAGAAGAUCUGCAAUGAAAUCUCGGUGCACUUGGGUUCCGUGGAGCUCCAGCCAGCUCCAGACCCACUAGAGCUAAACCGGGAGAUGAUUUGCCAGUCCCUAAAGCGCAGUACAGGUCUGAAGUCAAAAAACUGCCAGCUGUUAGAGGAGAGCCGUAGAUUGAAACAGGAGCACCAGAUAAUACUCCGACAGCUGGAGCAGCAAGUUGAGGAUAAGGAGAUGUUGGAGGAGGCGCUGUACUCACGUUUUGUCAUGGUGCUGAAUGAGAAGAAGGCCAAGAUCAGAUGCCUGCAGGAUGCUCUCCGCCAGCUCCAACAGCAGAGGGAGGAGGACGGGAGACAAAGUGACAACAACACAACUCACUGUGAAGACGACAGUCAGGACACAAGACAGGAGGCCGUUGGGAGCAUCCAUUCAUCUCAAGAGCCAACUAUUCUCAUCACAGGUCGUAAUCUGGUGUGCAAUGGCAUUCCUCUGGACCGGACCUUUUCUGAUGAGGAAGACGAACAACCGAGCCAGAAGCGUAGGUUGUGUCACCCCUUGGGCUCGGAACCUUCCUAGCAGGAAUAAAAACCACAGGUUUGUCAGAUAACAAAGCAACCAAUCAAUGACCCGUAUUUUGUAUCAUAGUUGUUCUUGCCACUACUUCUUCUAGAUGACCCGAAUGUUUUAGUUCAUAGCUGUUCAUUUUUUCUCAUACAGUAGCAGUACAAGACUUAUCAUUAGAGAGAUUAGAUGUAACAACAAGAUUAUAUAUUACAGAUCUUCUAUUAAGAUAGUGUCAACAUAACAAACAGUCCAGUCCUGUCUUCUCUCAGUUAGAGAAUAAGCUGUUCCGUGUGGCCUGUGGCUCCAAACCACAGUUAACAAAUAAUUUCAAGCUUUGUUUUAUUGCACUGUAAAACAUUUC